GAACUAUGUAGGUGAUGACUGCCUGUUUUGACGUGUUUACCACCUGGGAUGAUGAAUAUGACAAACUUCAAGGACUUUUGCGUGACAUCAUCAAAAAGAAGAGAGAUGAGCAUCUGAAGAUGGUGUGGAGAGUAAGUCCAGCACAUAAAAGGCUGCAAGCUCGCAUGGAGCAAAUGAGAAAGUUCAGGCGUCAGCACGAACAGUUGAGGACUGUUAUUGUGAGAGUGUUGCGGCCGACCAUCUCUCAACGCCCACCUCAGCCUGUCAGUACACCAAAUGAAGAUAAAGUAGAACAAAAGGGAGAAUCUACUGUUCUUGAUUCUGCUGAUGUCAAUGCUAUAGAGGAAGUAAACUUGGCAUAUGAAAAUGUGAAAGAAGUGGAUGGGUUGGACAUAUCUAAAGAAGGUACAGAAGCUUGGGAAGCUGCAAUCAAAAGGUAUGAAGAGCGUAUUGACCGUGUUGAGACUAGAAUCACAGCCCGUCUUCGUGACCAACUCGGAACUGCAAAGAAUGCUAAUGAAAUGUUCAGAAUAUUCUCUCGUUUCAAUGCUUUAUUUGUUCGUCCUCAUAUCCGGGGGGCCAUCAGAGAAUAUCAGACACAGUUAAUCCAGAGAGUAAAAGAUGACAUUGAAGCACUCCAUGAGAAGUUUAAGGUUCAGUACCCACAGAGCAAGGCUUGUCGUAUGAGUAAAGUUAGAGACCUUCCUCCUGUAGCUGGCUCUAUUGUGUGGGCCAAACAGAUCGAUCGACAGUUGUCAGUAUAUAUGAAGAGAGUGGAGGAUGUGCUUGGUAAAGGCUGGGAAAACCACGUGGAAGGACAAAAAUUGAAGGCUGAUGCGGAUAGCUUUCGAUCAAAGCUCAACACACAGGGAAUCUUCGAUGAGUGGUCAAGAAUGGUGCAACAAAGACAAUUAGGAGUUUCUGGACGAAUUUUUGCAAUUGAUAGUACCCGGGCUCGAAGUGGUAAAGGAAACAUUCUCAAGUUGCGUGUGAAUUUUCUGCCAGAAAUAAUCACUCUUUCUAAGGAAGUGCGUAAUUUACGGUGGAUGGGAUUCCGUGUGUCUUUAGCAAUCGUUAAUAAGGCCCAUCAAGCCAAUCAACUCUACCCUUUUGCCAUUUCUCUAAUAGAAAGUGUAAGGAGUUAUGAAAGAACCUGUGAAAAGCUUGCAAGGAGUAGAGCAGAUUGUGUAGCAAAGGUGGAAGACAGACCAUCUAUCAUACUUCUUGUUGCUGGUCUGAAGAAAGAAGUACAGCAUUUAAUUGCUGAGGGAAUUGGAUUAAUUUGGGAGUCCUACAGACUAGAUCCCUAUGUUCAACGUUUGGCAGAAACAGUAUCAAACUUUCAAGAAAAGGUGGAUGACCUACUUACAAUUGAGGAGCAAAUUGACGUUGAUGUGCGAUCCUUGGAAACAAGUGCUUACUCAGCCAACACCUUUACUGAUAUCUUAAACAAAAUCCAGAAGGCUGUGGAUGGCCUUAGUCUUCACCAGUAUUCCAACCUGCAUUUGUGGGUUAGCAAGUUGGAUGAAGAGGUGGAGAAAAAACUGGCAUCUCGACUCCAGGCUGGCAUCAACGCAUGGACCAAAGCUCUGGAAGGGAAACGAGAAGAGGAAGUAGACAUUUCUAUGGACACUGAUGCACCAACUACCACUGCACACAAACCAGGAGGUGAUCCCCAGAUUGCAACUCUGAUCCAUGAAGUACGUAUCACCAACCAAGUUAUGUAUGUCAGUCCCAGCGUCGAGGAAGCUCGUUUCAAUAUCCUUCAGCAGCUGUUUGCGUGGGAGAAUGUUGUUCUGUCCCAAACUCGGAUCCAGAGUACCCGUUAUCAGGUCGGUUUAGAACGACAAACUUCCCAAACCUAUCGUAACCUGUUGACCAAGAUGCCAGAUGGUGCUGCCAUCUUAGAAUCAGCCUAUUCAGCAGUAGAGAACACAAUCAAACAGAUGCAGGAAUACGUGGCUGAGUGGCUACGUUACCAGACAUUGUGGGACUUGCAACCAGAUAUGCUCUACUCAAAGUUAGGCGAAGACAUUAAUUGUUGGAUGAACACUCUUGUGGAGAUCAGGAAAUCACGUACCACAUUUGACACUACAGAAGUACGCAAAGAGAUUGGACCAAUCAUAAUUGACUAUGCAAAGGUACAAAGCAAAGUGUCUCUGAAGUAUGACUCAUGGCACAAAGAAGUUUUAGGAAAGUUUGGGUCUCUUUUAGGGAAUAAUAUGGCUCAGUUCCAUGCCAAUGUGUCUAAGUCCCGCAGUGAUCUGGAGCAACAGUCUAUUGACACUGCCACUACAUCUGAUGCUGUGUCCUUCAUCACAUAUGUUCAGUCCUUGAAGAGAAAGAUGAAAAGCUGGGAGCAACAUGUUGAGCUCUACAAAGAAGGACAGAGAAUAUUGGAACGACAGCGUUUCCAGUUCCCUAACUCCUGGCUACAUGUGGACAAUAUUGAAGGAGAGUGGUCUGCCUUCAACGAGAUCAUUCGGCGCAAAGAUGCAUCCAUCCAAACCCAAGUUGCGAGCCUGCAGAUGAAGAUUGUUGCUGAGGACAAAUCGGUAGAGUCUCGCACUGGGGACUUAUUAACAGACUGGGAGAAAAGCAAACCCAUUGAGGGCUCCUUGAAACCUAAUGAAGCUACUAGCCAACUUGCCAUAUAUGAAACCAAGUUCAGCCGACUGAAGGAAGACAGAGACAACAUUGUCAAAGCUAAGGAAGCAUUGGAGCUACAAGAACCUGGUGCUCAGACUUCAAGUGAUGAACGGUUGCAAGUAGCUUUUGAAGAACUUCAGGAUUUGAAAGGAGUUUGGCUAGAAUUGUCUAAAAUCUGGGAGCAGAUAGAUCAAAUGAAGGAACAACCGUGGUUAUCUGUUCAGCCUCGAAAGCUGCGACAACAACUGGAUGGCUUGCUUGCUCAGUUGAAAGAACUUCCAGCACGUCUUCGUCAAUAUGCGUCAUACGAGUUUGUGAAACGCCUUCUUCAAGGGUAUACAAAGGUAAACAUGUUAAUUGUGGAGCUGAAAUCAGAUGCGUUAAAAGAACGCCACUGGAAACAACUGAUGAAACAGCUGAGGGUCACCUGGGUGUUAUCAGACCUAACUCUGGGUCAGGUUUGGGAUGUUGACCUACAGAGAAAUGAGCCUAUCAUUAAAGAUGUAAUUCUGGUGGCUCAAGGUGAAAUGGCUUUGGAGGAAUUCUUAAAACAGGUUCGUGAAGCAUGGCAAAAUUAUGAACUUGAUCUUGUGAACUACCAAAACAAAUGCCGUUUAAUCCGAGGAUGGGAUGACCUGUUCAACAAAGUUAAGGAACACAUCAAUUCUGUGGCUGCUAUGAAGUUGUCACCGUAUUAUAAGGAAUUUGAAGAAGAUGCUCUAGCUUGGGAAGAAAAGCUGAACAGGAUCAAUGCUCUGUUUGAUGUUUGGAUUGAUGUACAGCGGAGAUGGGUUUACCUCGAAGGUAUAUUCACUGGAAGUGCUGAUAUCCAAACUCUACUUCCUAUGGAAACGUCACGCUUCCAAAGUAUUAGCUCUGAAUUUCUGACACUAAUGAAGAAGGUGGCCAAGUCACCACUUGUGAUGGAUGUACUAAACAUUCCUGGUGUCCAGAGGUCACUAGAGAGACUUGCAGACUUGCUCGGGAAGAUACAGAAAGCCCUUGGAGAGUACCUAGAACGAGAACGUUCUUCCUUCCCAAGGUUCUAUUUUGUGGGAGAUGAAGAUUUGCUUGAGAUUAUUGGUAACAGUAAGAAUAUUCCACGGCUUCAGAAGCACUUCAAGAAAAUGUUUGCAGGAGUUGCAAACAUUUUGCUGAAUGAAGACAACACAGUAGUGGCUGGCAUCGCAUCCAAAGAGGGGGAAGAGGUUAAAUAUUUGACUCCUGUGUCUAUUGCUGAACAUCCAAAGAUCAAUGAAUGGUUGUCGUUAGUUGAGAAGGAAAUGAGAAUGACACUGGCUAAGCUGUUAGCUUCUGCUGUCUCAGAUAUUGUUCCAUUUAAGCAGGGAACAUUUAAACAAGCAGAUUACAUGAAUUGGUUGGACAAAUAUCAGACACAGACUGUGGUAUUGGCAGCACAGAUUUCAUGGUCAGAAGAUAUUGAAAAUUGUCUUCAAACCAUAGCAAACAAUAAUGACAACAACUUGAAGCCUCUGGAGGAUGUACUACAGGCUGUUGAAUCAACAUUAAACAUUUUAGCUGACUCUGUGCUCCAGGAACAGCCUCCUGUUCGCAGAAGGAAACUGGAACAUUUGAUAACCGAAUUUGUCCACAAGAGAGAUGUGACCAGGUCACUUAUAAAGAAAAAAGUGACCAGUCCCAAGUCCUUUGAGUGGCUCAGCCAGAUGCGUUUCUAUUUUGACCCCCGGCAACCAGAUGUGCUUCAGCAGUUGUCUAUUCACAUGGCUAAUGCUAAAUUCAACUAUGGUUUCGAGUACCUUGGAGUACAGGAGAAACUUGUGCAGACCCCACUCACUGAUCGUUGUUAUUUGACCAUGACCCAGGCUCUGGAAUCUCGGUUGGGUGGCUCUCCUUUUGGCCCUGCUGGUACGGGGAAAACAGAGUCUGUAAAAGCAUUAGGACACCAGCUAGGAAGAUUUGUUCUUGUGUUCAACUGUGAUGAGACCUUUGACUUCCAGGCCAUGGGACGUAUCUUUGUUGGGCUAUGCCAAGUUGGUGCUUGGGGUUGUUUUGAUGAGUUCAACAGAUUGGAGGAAAGAAUGUUGUCUGCUGUCUCCCAGCAAGUGCAGAUGAUACAGGAGACUUUGAGAAACCAGCAGAACAGCAAAGAAGGUUUAACAGUGGAACUUAUUGGGAAACAAGUCCGAGUGAACUCAGACAUGGCUAUCUUCAUAACUAUGAACCCUGGUUAUGCUGGUCGAUCAAAUCUUCCUGAUAAUCUCAAAAAACUAUUCCGCUCCCUAGCCAUGACAAAGCCUGAUCGUCAGUUGAUUGCCCAAGUGAUGUUGUAUUCUCAAGGUUUUCGUUCAGCAGAGAAACUGGCUAGCAAGAUUGUGCCAUUUUUCAGACUUUGUGAUGAGCAGUUGUCAGAUCAAUCACAUUAUGACUUUGGCUUGAGAGCUCUGAAGUAUGUUCUAGUAAGUGCUGGAAACAUAAAAAGAGACCGUAUCCAAAGAGUAAUAGACGACUUGAAAGAGAGAGGAGAAGAAGUUGAUGAGGGAACUAUUGCAGAAAAACUCCCAGAACAAGAUAUUUUGAUCCAGAGUGUGUGUGAGACCAUGGUUCCCAAAUUGGUAGCUGAAGAUAUUCCACUACUGUUUUCUUUGUUGUCCGAUGUGUUUCCUGGCAUUGAGUACACUAGGGCCGAGAUGAAAGGCCUGAGGGAAAAGAUUAUACAAGUGUCACAGGAAAUGUACCUGGCAUGUGGCGAAGGAGAGGAACAAGGAGGUUCUUGGAUGGAGAAGGUUCUUCAGCUGUUCCGUAUCUCCCAACUAAACCAUGGCUUAAUGAUGGUUGGACCUAGUGGCAGUGGGAAAACAAUGGCAUGGCAAGUGCUUCUGAAAGCUCUUGAUAGGUACGAAGGUGUUGAAGGUGUCGCCCAUGUGAUUGAUCCAAAGGCCAUAUCCAAAGAAGCUUUGUAUGGAACACUGGACCCAAAUACACGUGAAUGGACGGAUGGUCUCUUCACCCACAUCUUGAGAAAGAUUAUAGACAAUGUACGAGGGGAAAUCAACAAACGCCAGUGGAUCAUCUUUGAUGGGGAUGUCGAUCCAGAGUGGGUAGAGAAUUUGAACAGUGUAUUAGAUGACAACAAACUUUUGACCUUGCCAAAUGGAGAGCGCCUCAGCAUUCCACCAAAUGUGCGCAUCAUGUUUGAAGUUCAAGAUCUGCGUUUUGCAACCUUGGCAACGGUGUCCCGAUGUGGAAUGAUCUGGUUCAGUGAAGAUGUCUUGUCAACCGAAAUGAUCUUUGAGAACUUCUUAUCUCGGCUGAGAAAUAUUCCUUUAGAAGAAGCAGAAGAGGAACAAACUUACAAAAAGAAGAGAGAAGGAGAAGCUCUGAAAGAUGAUCUUUUAUCUCCUACACUUCAAGUUCAGCGAGACGUUGCUGCUAUUCUUGCUCCACAUUUCACAUCUGAUGGUUUAGUGAUCAGGGCUCUGGAGUUUGCUAUGCGGCAGGAACAUGUGAUGGACUUCACCAGGUUACGAGCUCUGGGAUCAUUGUUUUCUAUGCUUAACCAGUCGUGUAGAAAUAUUCUGAACUAUAACCAUACUCAUCCUGACUUCCCCAUGCAGCAAGAUCAACUGGAACGUUAUAUUCCAAGAUGCUUGAUUUACACUCUUCUUUGGUCAUUUGCUGGAGACGCUAGGUUGAAAGUUCGGUCUGACUUGGGUGAUUUCAUUCGUAGUACUACGACCAUCCCCUUACCUCCCAACUCAGCUAUGCCUAUUAUAGACUUUGAGGUGACAGUGAGUGGAGAAUGGUUACCUUGGCAGAACAAGGUACCCCAGAUUGAAGUGGAAACACACAAAGUAGCUGCUCCUGACAUCGUAGUUCCUACUGUGGACACAGUGCGUCAUGAAUCUCUACUCUACACCUGGUUGGCUGAACAUAAACCCUUGGUUCUGUGUGGACCACCAGGCUCAGGGAAGACUAUGACUCUGUUCAGUGCGUUGAGAUCGUUACCAGAUAUGGAGGUUGUAGGUCUGAACUUCUCUAGUGCUACUACUCCAGAACUACUUCUGAAAACUUUUGAUCAUUAUUGUGAAUACCGAAGAACGCCAAAUGGAGUGGUUCUGGCUCCCAUUCAGCUGGGCAAGUGGUUGAUUCUGUUCUGUGAUGAAAUCAACUUGCCUGAUAUGGACAAAUAUGGUACUCAGCGUGUCAUCUCCUUCUUGCGCCAGUUGGUAGAGCAUGGCGGGUUCUUCCGUACCUCUGACCACUCUUGGGUGAAACUAGAGAGAAUACAGUUUGUAGGAGCCUGUAACCCUCCCACUGAUCCUGGCAGGAAACCUUUGUCUUACAGGUUCCUGAGACACGUUCCAGUUGUUUAUGUGGAUUACCCUGGCGAGACUUCACUGAAACAGAUUUAUGGCACUUUCAAUCGAGCUAUGCUACGGCUCAUACCGAGUCUUAGAACUUUUGCAGAACCACUUACGGCAGCUAUGGUGGAGUUCUAUCUCAUGUCACAGGAGAGAUUUACUCAAGACAUGCAGCCUCAUUAUGUAUACAGUCCUCGUGAGCUCACUCGCUGGGUUCGAGGAAUAUGUGAAGCAAUUAGACCUUUGGAGACUCUGCCUGUUGAGGGGCUUGUGAGACUGUGGGCUCAUGAAGGGUUGCGACUCUUCCAAGACAGAUUGGUGGAAGAUGAAGAGAGAACGUGGACCGAUGAGAAUAUCAACAUGGUUGGACUUAAACAUUUCCCAAACAUCGACAGGGAGUCGGCCCUUACUCGACCUAUCCUCUACAGUAAUUGGUUAUCUAAAGACUACAUACCGGUGGAUCGUGAAGAACUCAGAGACUACGUGAAAGCUCGACUGAAGGUGUUCUACGAAGAAGAACUAGAUGUUCCACUGGUGUUGUUUAAUGAAGUGUUGGAUCAUGUGCUGCGAAUUGACAGAAUUUUCAGACAACCCCAGGGUCACUUGUUGCUGAUUGGUGUGAGUGGUGCAGGAAAGACUACUUUGUCACGUUUUGUAGCCUGGAUGAAUGGAUUAAGUGUUUUCCAGAUAAAGGUUCAUAACAAAUAUCACGCUGCUGACUUUGAUGAAGAUCUGAGGAAUGUAUUAAGAAGAUCUGGAUGCAAGGAUGAAAAGAUUUGUUUCAUUUUGGACGAGUCCAACGUGUUGGAUUCCAGUUUCUUGGAAAGAAUGAAUACACUUUUGGCCAAUGGGGAAGUACCUGGAUUGUUUGAGGGUGACGAGUACACUACCCUGAUGACACAGUGUAAGGAAGGGUCCCAAAGAGAAGGACUUAUGUUGGACUCGAAUGAGGAGUUGUACAAGUGGUUCACCCAACAGGUUAUGCGUAAUCUACAUGUGGUUUUCACCAUGAACCCGUCUUCGGAAGGCUUGAAGGACAGAGCAGCCACUUCACCAGCUUUAUUUAACAGGUGUGUACUGAACUGGUUUGGAGACUGGUCUGAUAGCGCCCUCUUCCAGGUGGGAAAAGAAUUUACUUCAAAACUGGACUUGGACAAAAGUGCUUACAGAGCACCUGAUUACUUUCCUGUGAUUGUCCCAGGGUUGUCUGUUCCUCCAAACCACAGAGAUGCCAUCGUUAAUGCUUUUGUUUAUGUUCACCAAACUCUACAUCAUGCUAAUGCUCGUCUGGUCAAGAGAGGUGGACAUACCUCUACAAUCACACCACGUCACUACCUGGACUUCAUCAAUCACUAUGUGAAACUUUUCAACGAGAAACGUUCAGAGUUAGAGGAACAACAGUUGCAUCUCAAUGUCGGUCUCCAAAAGAUCCGAGAAACUGUUGAACAAGUGGAAGAACUACAGAAAUCUCUAGCUCUGAAAAGUCAAGAACUGGAAGCCAAGAACCAGGCUGCUAAUGCUAAACUGAAGGAAAUGUUGAAAGAUCAGCAAGAAGCUGAGAAGAAGAAAAUGCAAUCUCACGAGAUUCAAGAUGCUCUAAGGAAACAAGAAGCUGUAAUCAAAGAGAAACGGGCUAGUGUCAUGGAGGACCUAGCACAAGUGGAGCCAGCUGUUAUUGAAGCCCAGCAAGCGGUCAAAGGAAUCAAGCGGCAACAUUUGGUGGAGGUUCGAUCAAUGGCCAACCCUCCGCCACCCGUCAAGAUGGCUUUGGAGUCUAUCUGCCUUCUGCUUGGGGAACCAGCCCCUGACUGGAAGGCUAUUCGUGCAGUCAUCAUUCGUGACAACUUCAUCCCUACCAUUGUCAACUUUGCCUGUGAAAAUCUCUCGGAUGACAUACGGAACAAAAUGAAAACGAGAUACCUGAACAAUCCAGACUACAACUUUGAGAAAGUCAAUCGUGCCAGUUUGGCCUGUGGACCAAUGGUCAAAUGGGCUAUAGCUCAAAUUAGCUAUGCCGACAUGCUGAAGCGGGUAGAACCAUUACGUAAUGAGCUCAAGAGCCUGGAAUCAGAAGCCGAUGAAAACAAACAGAAAGCGAAGGAGAUGAAUGACAUCAUUGCUCAGCUGGAGAAAAGUAUUGCAUCAUACAAAGAGGAGUAUGCUAGCCUUGUAAGCCAAGCACAAGCUAUCAAGUCUGACCUUGCUUCAGUGCAGGCUAAGGUUGAUCGCAGCAUUGCCUUGUUGAGAAGUUUGAGCUCAGAGAAAGAACGAUGGGAAGCCACUAGUGAAACCUUUAAGAACCAGAUGGCUACUAUCAUAGGAGAUGUUGUUUUGUCUUCAGCAUUCCUUGCUUAUGCCGGUAAAUAUUUUUUAUCACUUCAUUAG